CUAAUAAAAAAUGGUAGGGAAUCCCAAAACUAUUUUUAGCUCAAUAAAAACCGACUUUUCUCGGAAGCCAUUAACAUUGAAAAUGCUAAGUUGACUGAUGAUUUUAAAUACGUAUACUCUGAUAGCAGCAAGACCAAAAUAUUGUGGGAACGUCUGGAUAUAAAAGAAAACAAAACCGAUAAGAAUUAGUGUAGUCAACGCUCACAUCAAAUGCUGUAGUUAAACUGUUCUAGAUUAGAAAUAUCCGGCCACACAACUACUUGAACAUGUGUUGUGGAUUUUAAAGUGUGAAAUUGUGAUUUAAUUUAUGUUAUUUUGUUGUAUUAUUUUUCGUGUAAAUUAGCAGUAAAAAUGAAUAACACAGAGGAAAUUAAAGAAAACGGGAAAAAAGUGCAACAUUACUAUGAGGAAAACUAUGUGGAUACCUAUUUUUCGGAUAACAAAAUCAAAAUUCCAGAUGAAAAAGAAGAAACAUUCAGUUUUCGAAAAUUAUGGGCGUUCACCGGCCCAGGUUUUCUAAUGUCCAUAGCCUAUCUGGACCCAGGGAACAUUGAAAGCGACCUGCAGUCUGGUACCAUAGGAAAUUUCAGGUUGCUGUGGGUACUUUUUGGGGCUACAAUAUUAGGAAUGGUUAUGCAAACCUUGGCUACAAAAUUGGGUGUUGUAACUGGGCUUCAUUUAGCUGAAAUGUGCUACAGGCAGUACAAAAAGUUUCCCAGGCUGAUAUUAUGGAUUAUGGUUGAGAUUGCUGUCAUUGGGUCGGAUAUGCAGGAAGUCAUAGGCACCUCGAUUGCUAUAUAUCUUUUGUCGAAUAAAGUUGUUCCUCUAUGGGGCGGUGUUCUUAUAACCAUAGCCGACACAUUUACAUUCCUAUUCCUCGACAAAUUCGGCUUAAGAAUCCUGGAAAUGCUUUUCGCAGUCCUCAUAGGCGUUAUGGGGAUAACGUUUGGUUACGAAUAUAUUGUAUCAGGUCCAGACCAAAUGGACGUAGUCAAAGGAAUUUUCAUACCAUGGUGCAAAGACUGCGAUUCAAGCGUUUUACUGCAAGCUGUUGGUGUUAUAGGGGCCGUUAUUAUGCCCCAUAACCUGUACCUCCACUCAGCCCUGGUAAAAUCCAGGGAUAUCGAUAGAAAAAAUAAUAAAAAAUUGAACGAAGCUAGAAAAUACUAUUUUAUCGAAAGCUCCAUGGCUCUAGUAUGCAGUUUCAUUAUAAAUGUUUUUGUUGUAUCUGUUUUCGCCAAUGGUUUGUUUCAGAAGACCAACAAUCAACUGCUCAACCAAUGCGGUAAUAACACAGAAAUGUAUAAAAAAGCUGUAGAAGUGUUUCCUAUGGAUGAUGAGUAUGUAGACGCCGACAUCUACAAAGGCGGCAUAUUCUUGGGGUGCGCCUAUGGCACCCUAGCAAUGUACGUAUGGGCCAUAGGUAUCCUAGCUGCGGGUCAAAGUUCAACCAUGACAGGGACGUACUCAGGACAAUUCGCCAUGGAAGGUUUUUUAAACUUAAAGUGGGACAAAUGGAAGAGAGUGCUUUUUACUAGAAGCAUAGCUAUGAUCCCCACAUUUUUUACAGCUUUCUUUAGCUCUUUGAACGAUUUGACCACGAUGAACGAUUAUUUGAACGCUGUUAUGAGUCUGCAGCUGCCGUUUGCUGUGAUACCGUGCAUUGCUUUUACCAGUAACCCGAAAAUUAUGGGAGAGUUUGUGAAUGGAAUGUUGACUAAAGUAGUCUCAGUGAUCCUGAGCAUCGUCGUGAUAGGAAUAAACAUAUUUUUUGUUGUGGAAAAACUGUCUGCCAACCAAUUUGACACAGGCCUACUUUUCCUUAUUUUCUUGGUUGCUUUAAUGUACAUCUUAUUCGUCGUAUAUCUGGGAAUACAUUUGUAUAUUUCUUUUGGAGAUAAACAAAUUGAAAGCCAUCCCAUGAUUCAGAUGAUGGUGGUCCCACCCGAGAUGAAUGUCCCGAAAAAUAAAAUUUAGGAUUUACUUUGUAAUUUAUUAUUUUUUUGUUUAUUUUUAUACGUUUUUGUAUAAAGUGAUUUAAUU